AUGGAUCCCCCUGUUGAUUAUAGCCGAUACACUGGGCAUUAUCGAGACACCUCAGCUGAUGGACGUUUUCCACCAUCAAGAACGCGUGAUCACCGGAGUCCACAAAUAGGAAUUGGUACUACUUCUCCAUCCUGGGACCAGCAACAUUCGUUUUCGAGGGGACGGAGUCCAGAUCCAUUUCGUGAAACUGCCUUUAACGGCAACAUGGGAAGAUACGCUCAAGAAGACCGUGGGACUUUUUUCCCACCUGGGGGGAUUCAGCAACCAGUUCGACCAUUACCGCGAAAAGAUGGUGACCACAUGGGAUUUACUAGAGUCCCUAACGGAAACCCGCGGUACCAGAAGAGUUUCCGAGACCGUUACCUUGGGGAUAAAACCAGAUAUGCAUCAAUGUCAUCUCGCGGUUCUGACGAACGACCCAAAUUCGCAUAUGACAAUAUGGGGUUUCAGCCGAAAUACAGGGAACCGGAAAGAAGAAGUGAUGGGUCACUGGCUUCAGUUCAGCGGGGAUACAUGUUUGAUACAGACUUCGGCCACAACCAGGUAACAGACAAAUACGACGAAAAUAACUACAUCUACCGCGAUCGACGAAUGGCGAAUGGCUCGACAAGAAAGAUGAACAGAUCGAAAUACAGUGAUGUUGACGAAGGUGAGAAGAAAGUCCGACGCGGUGUAGGAUUUGCCAUGCUUCUGCGUUUAGUGACGUGUUUACUGAUAUUCUGGGAUCUGGCCAAUGACUGGGUUGUAGGUGCUUCCGGACCGUCUCCGUUUGUACGGCAAGAUGAAUCGACUAGCAAAGCAUGUUCCCAAAACGAAGAUGUUUUUGAGUAUUUGAACAUCAGCAAUACAAAGGCCAGGGAAUCCAUAUGCUUGGACACUGUAAACAUUUGGACAUCACUGACAGUUUUUAUGUUGCUAGGGUCACUUAUAGCAAUAAUUCAGUGCAUCAAUAUCACCAUGGAAACAAUUACUAUCGUUCGUGGGAAGAAGGUUUUCCGGAUCUUGUCAGGACAAAGUGAACUUUGUUUAACCAUAUUUUGCGAGGAAAUACCCCAAGCAAUCAUUAUGAUAGUGUUGCUAUUCCAUUGUAAAUGUCCACCCAACAAAGUGGACAUUAACCUCUUUGCACUGUUGGCAAGCAUCAGUGCGUGUGUGAGCGCCAUCUUCCGUCUCUGUGUGAGUUAUGAUUACGUCACUGGUAAUGAUGGAUGCUGUAACCAAUGGUGGCGAUGCUGCUGUUGUCGUAACAUUGACUACUGUUGUGAAGUCAAACCCCGCGAAUUCUUCUGUACAUGUGAAAUUCCGUUUCCGAUGUUUUGUUGCACACUAAAUUGUGAUCACUGCAAAUGUUCUCCGGUGACAUGGUGCAAUUUUAUUCUGAAAACAUUCGGAUGUUUCUGUGAUUGUUGUCAGGAAAAAGAAACCAGCUAUGGAAUUCGUCUGGUCAACCUGUUCGGAAUAUCUCUGCUGUUACUGUCUUUCGGAUUGCAAGUCUUUGUAUUCGUCGUUACAGUGCACUAA